AUGAAGAAAGUUAAACUGAAUCGAACCCUUAUCGAGGAUAUACCUUCCCCAAUUAUCUUUGAUAUCUUGUUAAAACUCCCAACUAAGGCGUGCCUGAACUGUAAACUUGUUUGCAAAGAUUGGUAUGAAAUCAUCAUCAGUAAUGAGUUUGCUACUUUACGUUCAUCUUUUUGCUCCUAUACUACCAUAAUGCUUUAUGGUAAGUUUAACAACGGAAGGCUGAAUUAUCUGUUGAUUGAUCUAGACAAGUCGUCAAAGGUAGAUGAUAUGUAUAAUCUUUGUGUGAGUGAGGAUCAUAUGAUUAGGUUCAAAUCCAAAUUAAACAUCGCACAUCACAAAUUACAUGUGGUUAAUCAGUGCAAUGGACUGAUCUGUUUGAAGUGUUAUAGACAAUGGAGUCCUUACUUUAUAAUUAAUCUUCUAACCUCCGAACAAAUUAUUGUUCAGCAACCGAAAGUAUCAUCUUGUUCACUUGAGGCUUAUGGAUUCGGUCAGUGCCCUGUUUCGCAGCAAUUCAAAAUACUCAGAAUCAUCAAGGACUUUAAAGCUAGAAAGAAGCAUAUUGCCCAGGUACAAACACUCGGUACUAACGAAUGGAGGACACUCAGUACUAAUGCUCCUCAAUCUCACUUAAGAAGGAGUCAAGCCUUCUUGCAGGGUGCGCUUCACUGGUGCUCUGAAGGUAAAAACUUUAUUUGGUCAUUCAAUUUCAGUAGAGAAAAGUUUUCGCGUAUUUUAGUACCUGAUAGUAUGAAGGGGAGAAAGGGAACAGAUGUAAUAAGUGUUUCAAAUAAUACUCACCUUUGUUUGAUAAAUAAAUGUGAAAUGUGGGUUAUGAAGGAAUACGGUGUUAAAGAUUCUUGGGUGAAGCAAUUCGUCUACAAUAAUCAUGUAUGUGGUACUGGUCCAGCUACUCCUCUAGUGUUGGUUUAUAAUUAUGGUGGUAGUUAUAAACUUGGAGUUUAUGAUAUUGAAUCUGAAACUUGUAAAAAAGUUACGAUUCCUGACUUUUCUACUUGGGAAGUGAUGGUGUUUGAUGCCAAAUUUUCCGUCUUAAAGGUGUGA